AUGCCUUCUUCCAAGCCCUAUCCCUCUCCCCUCGUGAUUGCGCCUCUCAGGGAUGACCAACAUACGCAUACAAUCAUUCUGCUCCACGGCCGCGGAAGUAAUAGCGAGCGCUUCGGCCAUGUCUUCAUUGAAUCAACCGGCAUCGCGAAGCGCCUCCCCACUACCAAAUUCAUCUUCCCCACCGCCAGAAAACGGCGCUCUACAGUACUGAAACGAAUUCCUAUAAACCAGUGGUUCGACAAUUACUCGCUUAAGAAUCCGAAUACACGGACCGAAUUACAGAUUGAUGGACUACAGGAAAGUAGUGAAUUUCUUCGGAAAUUGAUUGUUGAAGAGGCGAAGCUCUUGUCGAAUGAUCCCGCUGUUGGUGACGGGUAUAGUCGGGUCGUGAUCGGGGGCUUGAGCCAGGGGUGUGCGGCUUCUGUUUUCUGUCUUUUGGGGGGAUUUCCUUCUGCGAGCGAGGAUGGAGAUAGUAGACGCCUUGGGGGAUACAUCGGGAUGAGCGGGUGGUUACCGUUUGAAGGGGAGAUCUCUGGGUUUUUGAGUAUUGAUGAAGACAAUCAGGGAGAGCCAAAGUCAGGCGCUGAAGACGACGACGAUGACGACCCGUUCGCCCACGACACAGAUGUUGACGUCCCCGCGCACAGCCAAGCAGUCAAUCAUGUCCGGGAGAUUCUUGGUACGCCACCCAUUCAGACUGACGCUGAUGACUCGGAGAAUGCGUUAUGUGUGUCCUACUUGAAAACACCAGUAUUCCUGGGCCACGGGGCUGCAGAUCCCAAGGUGUCGGUAGACUUGGGACGACGGAUGGCGUCCAUCCUAUCUGAUGGGUUUGGGAUGGAUGUGACGUGGAAAGCAUAUGAGGAGUUCGGACAUUGGUAUAAAGUGCCGGACGAGAUUGACGAUGUAGUGCUGUUCUUGAAGGAGAAGGCUGGGUUUUCUGUUGUUGAGAACGUUGAGUAG